UAUGUUGGUACCUCCUGAUAUUAAUACUGUAUUUGAUAUUUGUAAAGAAGUUAAAGAAAUAGACCCAGAUUUAAGUGAAGCUAACAUAGAUGAUGUGCUUGACACAGUUCUGAAUACAACUGACAGU